UUUAUCAGCUCUAUACUGAGGGGUUUAAAAACGUCGAUAUUUUUUUAAGGGAAUACACCUUUUGUAGACAUGGUCGGGUGACAAUCAGUGGUCCGUGAAAGACCUUACCUGUCAGGUGGUUUCCCAUGGAGAUUAUGUACACUAAAAUGGCGGCGGGCUUACACUGUGGUAUUUAAAACAGUGGUAUGUAAACACGACCAACCGUACAAAGUGUUGUUUUCAUAUAUUGAUUGGAGUACACGGUCAGAGUGAGGGGGACAGCUAUGGCCUACACGGCGGCAGUUCCCCGGGUCUCCGCGGGACCCAAGAGGUUCCCUAACCUCCCCGUAAUCCAGCACCCCAUGUCCAGGCUGAGUAAUCAGGAGGACCUAGCAAUUCUUGGAUCCGCCAGUGGACUUCGUGCCAGUCAGGCCGGCAAGAUGUCGCUCCAGUUCCAGCAUUCUGGGGCGGGAGAUCCGUCAGCCAAUACCACGGUGAGGGCGAGCGCCCCGGAGCGGAUCCUUCAGUGGCCGCCAGCGACCGAAUUCUUUCCCCCAUUUAAGUACCGCCACUCAGCUACAGAGAGAAUGGGACUCACUAGAAAAAAGUCUGUCCACAAGAAAAAGAAACCCGUAAUUCUGCCGCAGAUUGAGAUGAAGACAAAGCCGGCAGAUCACGGCUCAGGGAAAUGUACAGAGGUUGUAAAACUUCCUCCACUGAACCUGGUGUUAGACGCCAUCACUGAAGAAGAGACAGAGUACAGUCAGGGGCCACAUAAAUCACGAGGGCGACAGGAUGCAACAUCCGCCACCCCAAGAACCAGUGAGGAGGUGACAGAGAAGGUCAAGGACAGACUGACCACUGGAUACUAUGGACUGCGACACAUGUUCAAGGCCAAUGAUCCUACAGGGAAAGGGGUCGUGUCAAGGGAGGCCUUGUUGAGAAUUCUGUACAGUUUAGUGGGGUACAUAACACAGGAGCAGUACAGUAAAUUCCUAAAAGGGAAUGGAUUGGAUGGAAAAGAUCACAUUUCUUUUGAUGGUUUUGUGGCUUGUUUUAAGGAUAAUGAGGUUGUAAAGAGACGAUUACCUCGCCUGACUGUACAGAAGGAGUGGGUGAGUCCAUCAAUGAAGCUGGAGAUGGAGAAGGCGAGACAUUACCCCGAGUCUGAUCUCAGACGAACCGACGUCAUCGUAACCAACCCCUUCCUGUCCGCACCUUACUCAGACACGCUGUUUAGAGAGAAAAUACGCAAUAUAGAGGAUGCACGUCAGGUUUUCCCUCCAGCGUGUUUCCAGGCCAACGGGAGGAUUGUCCCCCCACAGCUCCGGGAAGCCCACGCUCAGCUGGGGAUCUUCAUGAAGGACGCGGAGUUCAUGUCACUAUGGCAACGAUAUGACAAGGAGGGCUUAGGUGCCAUCAGAACUAGUUUGUUUCUGAAGAGAGCGGGCAUCGACACUCGACCCAAAACCUACUCACAUCGCAGUAAGACAGUCGUAGAACUCAAAAUCAGACCUAAAUCAGAGGCCAAUGUCACCCCCUCCAAACAGGAAGUAGAUACUAAACAGGAGGUAGAGACUAAACAGGAAGUGAAUACUACAACACAGAACAAGACAGAGGUCAGCACUGAUAAGGCUACAGAAAAAACCGAGGGAGAGAAUACCAGUAAAGAUACAGGGGCACCAGACAAGAGUGAGGACAUCAAAGUCAGCGUCAAUCGUAAGAAGAAGGUGCAGCCCAAGCUGGAGAACAUCAUAGACUGCCUGCACUAUAGGUUUGAGGAGUCAUACAAUGCAAUGCUGGCAGCCUUUGACCUCUUUGAUUAUCUGAGUGAUGGUUACAUUGCUCGAGUCGACUUUCGCCGGGUUCUACAGGAGUUUGGUCUCAAUAUCUCAGUUACUGAUCUCGAUAACUUCUUAGCAAGACAUGGUGUAAGAACAAUUCGUGGUCAGAUCAACUACAAGGAGUUCCUUAACAAGUUCCAGAGUAAAUCAGAAAACAGCAUCACCAAUAAAGUGGUCAGCAGUCAACAGUUCCAGGAUAACAAACUGCCCUCAUGGCCUCUUCCAAAAAACACCUUAACCUCAGAACAACUUGACAUCCGAUUGGUCGAUUUACUGCAUGGGGACUUCCUCAAACUAAUCGGCUAUUUCAAGUCCUGUGAUAAGUAUGGCCUGGGUGUCAUUACACCACACGAGUUCCGUAGCGGUAUAGAGAAACGCCUAGGAUACCCCAUGUCUGAGAAACAGUGGGAACAACUCAAGACUGAUGUAGGGCAGGACAGUGAUGGACUGAUUCCAUACAAUAAAUUCUUACAGAUGUUUGAUGUUCCACCCGGCUCUUGGAACAGGCGACAGGAGGGUGGCCUGGACGUCUACCAGGUGAUUCCCACGACAAUGGUCCACUCCUCCGCGGUCGACCGACUCAAGGAGAAAGCCAAGACGUUCAUGCAUCCCCAGACAGAAGUAGAGGGUCUACUACCACAGGACAAUGUCAGGACUAUAGCUGAUGUGAUGAAAAUACUAGAGGAUCUCUUCCGCAAUAGAUUCCACACCUUUGACAAGCACUUCCAGGACAUGGACCGUCGUAAGACCGGCAGAAUGAGCAAGUGGCAGUUUGGUGCUCUCCUACGAUUGUCUGGAGUAAACCUAACAAACUCUGAGCUAGACAGAGUGUGGGCCAGACUGAACAUUUCUGCUGAUGGAAUGUACAGCUACAAGUCCUUAAUCAAGGCAUUCGCUCAGAACAGGGUCAGUCAGAGUCAGGAGAUGAAACGGGACCAGAGUAAUGUAGGUGACACAAAGGAAUUAAUAGAGACAGCCAAGCGAGUCCAGAGGGAGAGGCGAGAGAGGACCAUGUCAUCCCUACAGCGGAACACCACCACCGUCACCUCGACUAAUAACGGGGAACAGACCACCACCAAAACCACUGAGGUGGUGUCUUCUACAGAGACCGCCACAAAAACCACAAAAGUUAAUGGUGUGGUCCAGGAGAAACCCCCACAGACGGCACAGUCCAAUAAAAGCCAGAAAACUCGCGAUCUACUCAACAAAAUAAAGGCAAAGGUGAUUGGAAAUUGGGAAGGAUUAAAGACCGUCUUCAAGUUCAUUGACAAAAAUGGCAGCUCUACCAUAUCCAUUUCAGACAUGAAGGAUAUUUUAAACACUAUGAAGUUUCCAUUGUCUGAGGAUGAGAAGCGAGACCUCUGUCAAAGAUUCGACAUACAACGAAACGGGAGAUUUCAUUACCUGGAGUUUAUGAAGUGCUACUCUCAAAGUUCCCCUAACCCAACAAAAUCCCAGGUGUACAGCAAGCAUACACACAAACUAGAGAGAAAGCAGCGUGAUAUUCAGUCAGCGACGGUAGGAUCAGUAAUCAGUAAUAUACACCACAAGUUGAUGGCCGAACACAAAAACUUGCGUCGAGCAUUUCGUAGAUUGGACGUCCAUCGGCAGGGACUGCUGGGAGUUUCUGACUUCCGACGGGCGUUGACAGGUUGUAAUAUACAGGUAUCAAAUGAAGACUUCUACCACAUCCUCAGUGAAUUCGACCAAGACAUGAGGGGACUGGUGUCAUACACAGAUUUCCUCUCUACCUUCAUGGACAAUUUGUAGAUUAUAUAGUCCUAACGUAACAAGACUCGUAAAAUUAAAGUGCGAAAGAUAAAUUAUAGAUUAUUUUAUACUGUUAGACAUUCUCCUAAUUCAACUACCUGUGAUACUAGAAAUUUUAUUUUGGUUAUAUUAUUGAAUGCCUGACUGUUAAUUAAUGCGUGGCUCAAUUAAACAAUGUAUAGCAAUUAACAUAUAUCCUUGUUAUAGAAUUUAUUUAAUUGAAAGUUGAAUUGACUUAUUUUUAUUUUGUUCUGUUUUAUAGUUAAAGCAUUUCUGUGAUAAGAAGAUGAUAAUGUUAUCGUUAAGUUCUAUAUAAUCAGAUUAUUGUAUUUUUUGUUUAGAUCAGGAUAUUGUAGAGAAAUUAAUACCAUUUUAUGACAUUUCAUUUCUUUAGAAAACUGCAUAAUACAUUAACAUGGUGGACAAACGCAUCAUAAAAUGUAUAUUUAGAUUUAUUUUUAUACUGCAUUGUAUCUUUUAAAAUGUGAUAUAAAAAUGUCUCAGAAUAUAGAUUUUGCAAAAUUUAAUUAUAACCAUCCAGAUUUUUACUAAAAUAAAGCAAAGGAAGAUAAAA